AUGGGCAUGAAAUACCAAUUGACACUCGACUGCUCUGAGAAUCCGUUGGUAACUAUGGACAAUGGUAAACGCAUCAACGACCCUUUCCCGUCCAAGGCCUUCUCGGAAGCCCUCAGAUGUCUUAUCACCCAGAACAUCUGGCUAGGUAACCUCAAGCUCCUAGCUACGUGCAUCCAAUAUAUAAACCGAGUACGCACUCAUGACGCCCGGCCUUGGAGGCUGGUCGACUGCGACCCCGAGAGCAUGUUCUUCAAGACGUGGAUACGCGUCGUCGAGAGCAACCCCGGUCGGGCGACUAUGGAAGAUCUAUACUCCCAAGUGAAGCAAGAGCUUGGCCCCAAGAAAGGUUUCUAUCAGACGUUCUUCGACCAGAUCACCAAGUCCGUCGAGUCAAAGAUUCCCCAAGGUAGAGGAGCCCGGGUAUACAAGUCAAAACGCCAUAACGACCAAGAUCCUUACUUCAUCCGCGUCAUCGACAUGACCAUACUCAUAGAUGCUCUUGACAAUAUGAGCUUUUGGGGUUUCCCCCUUUUUCGAAGCACCAAGCUCACAUCCGCCAUCAUCCAACAGAUAAAGCCGGGUCAGGACUAUCCGUCGGAUGAGAAUCUUUCUGAGGCGCGAUGCUACUCGGUCCUCUCGGAAAGAACCCACCAAAGAGCUGCAGAGCUUCAGGCCAAAGCUGAAGAACUUCUCGAAGAAGACUAUUCUAGCCCCAAACCACGCUCUGCUAGAUUUUAA